AUGACUGAUUUCUUUCCCUCCGUGGCGCUGAAACCCCGAAACCGAGCUGUCUUCAUUGCUUUUUCUUGUGCUGUCUGCUACCUGGUCGGACUUCCAAUGGUAACAGAGGGUGGCAUGUAUCUGUUUCAAUUGUUCAAUCACUACGCUGGUAGCUUAAUUAUUUUGCUAACUGCGUUCUUCGAAUGCCUUGUGGUGGGUUAUUUCUACGGUGGCACAAAUAUUACUCGUGACUUGAGGCUUAUGCACGGAUUUAACCCGGGACCAAUACCCAUCAUUUUCUGGUGCGUCAUCACGCCGAUCUUUACACUUUCUGUCUUCGUCCUCAGCGUUUUGGUGUACGAAGAGCUGACCUACGAACGCGCUUCCAAAACCGUUAUCUACAAAUACCCCGAUUGGGCGGUGCAACUCGGAUGGCUCAUAGCCAGUUGUAGUGUUUUCAUGAUUCCCAUCGUUAUGGUGGUUCAAAUUCUGCGCACACCGGGAUCGUUUUUUGAGAGGAUUAGAACACUGUGCAUUCCACGGCUAAGUCAAGAGCGCAAGGCCUUGUUGGAAACUCAAGCUACCAUCCAGCCAAACAACGAGGGUAAUGCAGCAGAGUGA